CGCUGCCAGCGGAGAGGGUGGGUACGUCAGUGUCGUGCGUGUGUGGGUUACGUGGUGAUUUUGGCAGAGACGUGAGCGUGUGCUAGAGCGUAUUCGGAGGAGUGUGUAGUGUGGGCUUGAGAACUUAUCACUCGGAUUCACCUGUGGACUAGUGAUCGUACGGUGCCGGAACCGGAAGUUUUACAAGGAAUCGCCUACGAUUCAAACGGAAGCACUUUUGUAGGUCGGCGUCUGAUGGCUCACUCGGCUCCUGUGCGACUUCAGUGACCUCCUGCCGCCAUGGAGGGUGCUGUGAUGCCCCCUCCGGCGCCGGUGCCGGCCGCCGGGCGGCUCCACACGACCCGGGAGAGGGCCUACGUCCAGACCCGCCUACAAAGCUACACCAACGGUGCUAGCGCUGCUCGCCCGCCCGCCUUCGGUCCGUCCAGUCUCCGCUCCAGCUACAACGAGCGCCUGUACCCGCGCCACCGCGAGCGGGUGCUAGCGCAGCACGGCGGUCCGCGCAGUCUCCGCGAGGGCUCCGGCGCGCCGCCGGCCGCUGUCUCCACGGUCGGCAUGGGCCCGCUCUAUCGGAGCAGCUCGUCGCUCGAGCUGGAAACGUCGCCUGGCGGCGGACUGCGGCGCGAGUUUGGCUCUCACGGUUCCAUUGACGUGAUGGCCGGCGGCGGCGACGCGCCGGGCCUGGGCGCGCCGCGAGCCGGCUCCGCCACCGGCUCAGACGCCAGCCCGCGGCUCAAGUCGCGUCUGCAGCGGCUCUGGGAUCGAGACCGGCGCGGCAGCCGAAAGACGGCCGAGCCGUCGCUAUUCAGGAAGCUGCGCGGCGGCGGCGCGCGCGCUGAGCCGGAGACCAGUCGCUCGUCGGACUCUUUGGACGGUGAGGCGCGGCUGGAAGAACGGCGAAGACGGCGCGCGCUGGUCCACUAUGACUGCCAGAGCCUGCAGGCCAGCCUGUCGGCGGCACAGCAGCAGCGCUCACAGCUGGCCAAAAGGAGGAACACGGCCACUGGCGCCAGCGCGGCGGCCGCUGCCGGCGAGGCUGCCGCCGCCGCCGCCGCCGAGUCGAGCGCCGAUGACCUGGAGACGGGCGAUGGACGCAGCAACGACCUGGUGCUCAGUUGUCCGUUUUUCCGUAAUGAGACCGGCGGCGAGCUAGACCGCGCGGUGAACGUGGGCGGCAGCUGGGCGGGGGCGGGGGCGGCGCGGACCCGCCGGCCGCCCGCCGGCGCCGAGCCCCUGCUCCACCGUCCGGCGGCCGCCUGUGGGCUCUCGGUGCUCGAGAAGCCGCGCGGUAUGAGCCACUGGCCAGCGCACGUCUGUCCAUUUCGCCGGGCCGCUGCCAGUCCCGAGAGCUGCUCACUCGGCAGCUACUACUACAAAGACUUCUUCUACGGCAAAGAACAUGAGAACUGGGUGGGCACGGAUGACGUUCUCGGCCCGGUGGCCGUUAGCGUCAGAAGAGACCAGCUGGAGGGACGGCCCGCGGAGAGGGGCGCCCAGCCGGCCGUCUACCCGUGCUACAGGAUCAUCAUCCGGUCCAGCGAGCUGCCGACGGUGCGUGCGCUGAUCCUGGAUGAGGCGCUCUGUCAGCUGGCCAAGCCGGCCGAGAAGCUGAAGAGGCUGCCGGUGCGGGAGAUCCUGGACCACGUGGCGCCCGAGCUGCAGGCCAGCUGUUUGCGGCUGGCGAUUCCCGAGCAGCGUACGGAAGAUUACCUGAUGAAGCUCGAUGAGCAGAAUAUCUUCACCCGGUAUAAGGUGGGCAUCAUGUACUGCCGAGCUGGCCAGAGCACCGAGGAAGAGAUGUACAACAACGAACAGGCCGGACCGGCGUUCGACGAGUUCCUAGACAUGCUCGGUCAGCGAGUCCGACUCAAGGGCUUCGACAAGUACAAGGCGGGCCUGGACAACAAGACUGACUCCACGGGUCAGUACUCUGUGUACGCCCAGUACCGGGAGAACGAGAUAAUGUUCCACGUCUCCACCAUGCUGCAGUUCUCACCCAACAAUCGACAACAGCUGCUGAGGAAGCGCUAUAUCGGCAACGACAUCGUCACCAUCGUCUUCCAAGAGCCGGGCGCGCUGCCGUUCACUCCCAAACACAUCCGCUCACAGUUCCAGCAUGUGUUCAUCGUGGUACAGGCCGUGGAACCGUGCUCUGAGAGGACACGCUACCGUGUGGCGGUGAACCGGUUCCGAGACGUACCGCCGUUCGGACCUCCAAUACCAGAGGACGCCACGUUCCCCAAGUCGCAGUCGUUCGCCGAGUUCCUAUACGCCAAAGUGAUCAACGCGGAGACGGCUGCUUACCAGUCAGACAAGUUUGUGACGAUGGCGAGACGCACGCGCCAGGAGUACCUCCGCGACCUGGCCGCCAACUACCUCACUGAAACACCGCUCGACGCGUCGCCAAAGUUCUCCAUCAUGUCGUUCAGCAGUCGGAAGAAGGACCGUCUGAGGCCGCGGUUUAACCCUGACGCCAUCCAGCGAGGUGCCAUCAGCUGGCAGGUCACCGUCGACGAUCACUCGCUGGGAAAACAGGUGGACUGUCUGCUAGGCGUGUCUGCCGACUCGCUGGUCCUAGCUGAGGAGAGCGCCGGAGCCCUGCUGUUCGCCGCCCCGGUGGCCAGUGUGCUCGGAUGGACACUGCGGGGCACCAGCCUCUGCGUCUACUAUCACCAGGGAGAGUGUGUGGUCCUCCAUCCGCGCACCUCUCUGGACACAGAGGAACUGGCGGAGAUCGCCGCUCGCCUGGCCGCCGUCUCGGAGGGGGCCGAUACUCAGGAGCUGCUGCUGCGGCGGAACGCCAUGGGCCAGCUGGGCUUCCACGUCCAGCACGAUGGACUGGUGACAGAGGUGGAAAACUACAGCCCCGCCUGGCAGGCCGGACUGAGGCCCAACGCCAAACUCGUGCAGAUUUGCCAGAUGGCCGUCUGCACCAUGACCCACGACCAGAUGGUGGACCUGCUGAAGACCUCGGUGACCGUCUCGGUGACGGUCAUCCCGCCGGCGGCCGACGGGGCGCCCCGCCGCGGCUGUCUGCUCGCCUCCUGCGGCGCCCCGCUGCUCGAGGGCGACUAUGAGAACGUGCCUGCCCGCGCGGCGGCCGGCAGUGGGGGUCAGACUGCAGGGGCGGGCCGGCAGCAGUCUGCUAACCGCCCGGCGCCGGAGACGCGGCCCGCCUCGCCGCCGCCGCCCUCGGUGGUGAGCUCGGGCUACGGCACGGGCGGCAGCGGCCGCUCGUUCGGUGCACCCAUCUCGCUCUCUCCCGAGGCCAGUGGCACGCUGAGCAGUUCGUCCAGCGGCUCGGCAGACCGCUGGCUGGAGCCGGACGAGGCGGAGUCGCCGCCGCCCCCGCCGCCACUGCCGACCCGACACAGGCAGCGGGUGGCGGCGACACGCAGCGCGGAGACGGCAGCGCCGCCCGGCGGACAGACGGACAACUACGGCAGGCCGCAGGAGUACCGGCGCAGCCAGCCCGCAGAACAGGGCCGGCGGCCGGAUCUGCAGGCGCUGGAUUACAUCGAGCUAACCUCUCUGCCGCGGCCAGUGAAGGUGGACGGUUCAGGGCCGGUGGGUGUACGACUGCGCUCCACCUACCCGGCCGACCGUGGACCCGACCGGCCGCCGCUGCCCCAGGACUACUACCAUCUGUCUGCGCUAGUUCCGUCGUCCUCGGCGCCUGGAUCCGCCUCUGGAUACGCCCGACUGGGUCCCUCCACUACCUCCGCCCCUGCCGCUGACCUGGCGCCGGGUCGGACCGGGCGCACCUCGAGCAGAGAGCGACUGGGCGCGCCACAGGAGAACGGAUAUGGCGCGAACGGCACCGGCGCGGGCACACUGAAGGCGGGAGUCACAAAUGGAGUCACUAAUGGAGUCAGCAAUGGAGUCACAAACGGAGUCACGAAUGGAGGAGUGAAUGGAAUCACAAACGGAAGCAUGAACGGAAUGGCGAAUGGUGUUGUGAAUGGUGUCACGAAUGGCGUCACGAACGGCAUGUCUAAUGGAGUCGCCAAUGGAGUCGGCUCCGGUGGGUCGCACGGUCAGGGUCACGGCUCUGGCCGCCCCUGUCCGGGGCUGGGUCUGGCCGGCUCGGGCCGACUGCACGACUACAGCGGCAGCUACCACGUGGCCAGUCAGGAGUACGGCAGCGGGCCCGACCUGCUGGCCGGCUUCCCGCACCGUCACACCUCCUCCACCGGCAGCCCCAGUCUGAAGAGCGCCUCGCCGUCGUCAGUGUCCUCGGCGGGCGGACGGCGGCCGGCCGACGCCGACCCGCUGGAGCGGCCGCUCUCCUCGCGCAGUGAGGACGAGCUGAGCGCCGCCAGUGGUUCCCCGGCCACCCGGCGGCGACUGCGAGCCGCCGCGGCCACCCCGUCCACGGGCAGCGGCUCGAGCCGCACCCAGAGCCCGCGCGGCGCGGCGCCGGCCGCAGAGAGCGGCGCCGCGCGCCGGCGGCCCGGCGCCGCGGCGCGCUCCAGUGUGCACCGCGCGUCCGGCGCCGGCGCCAGCCUACAGCGCGAGCUGAUGCGACUGAUUGGACCUGACGAGCCGCCGCCGGCGGCGUCACCUCCCGAGCAGGGCGUCAUCGUCACCACGGCGCGGCCGGCCACCGUCAUCGCGUCACCGGCGGCGGCGGGCGCCGCGUGGCGCGAGGACCUGCGGCGGGUGUCUCGCCAGGAGCGGCUCUCGCCGCGUGUGACGGCCGGCCCGGCGCGAACGGACGUCCCGCUGCCGCCGGUGGGGCCUGUGGACUGGCAGGCGCUGGUCGACACGGCUACAAGGGCGGGCAAGGAGACGGCGGUGGCCACCAGGAGUACCCAGUCAAGCGGAGUGAGUCAGUACCCGCGUGAGUCGCGCCAGAGUCCGUCCGAGGAGCUGCGCAGUCGUCUGACUCUGCUCGAGCGGGAGCUGGUUACCGAACAGACCAAACGGGAGCUCCUAGAGUCUCAGGUGUUCCAGCUAAGCUCCGAUAACCGUCGUCUGCAGGAAGAAAGCAAGCAGGCGGCGCACCAGCUGCGAAAAUUUACCGAGUGGUUUUUCAACAACAUGGAGAAGCCAUGACUAGACUGAGAUUGAGGUACUCGUCAGUAUAGGCGGCGCUAGUGAGCCGUCACGAGCUGAAUUCUGGUUACGAAAAUGAAGUGCAGCUAUAUGCUCGUCGGUUGAUUGCGCCUCGUGGUGUAUUGUUCUGCUCUCGUGUGCCUCGUACGUCAUAAUACCGGCCAAAGAUGUCUGAUAUACGUUUGUCUACAGAGUGAAUAUGUGUUCGAGAAGCUUCCAUUGUGAGUUAUGUUAUUUAAGUCGGUGAAAAUGUACUUAGUAUCUUGUUGUGUUCAACCGGGGGAGAUUGAUAUGCAAUGCUCCAGGGAGACCGAUUUGUGUCGUAUCUGGGAAGCGCUCAUUUCUAUGUAUCUUUUGUGUGUACUGUGGGUCGUCGGAAAAAGGUGCCUGCCUUGUAGAUGCGAUGCCUUGAUCAAAGUCUAGUCGGUGCCUGUUUUUGUAUUCUGUGCUACCGUUGGCCCGAUGGUCAUGUUUUGUAAAUAUAAAUCAGAGAGCUCUAA